AUGGGCAACCAGUGGAGCUACGCUUUUGUGCUGCUGACGGUCGUGGCGCGCGCGGUGCAUGGCGCCACGUACGACGUCGUCGUCGUCGGCAGUGGUCCGGGCGGCCUUGUUGCCGCCGAGUACCUCAGCCGCAACGCCGGCAUCUCGAACGGCACGUUUCGCGGUGUGAACGAGGACGCAGCCAAGUGGGUCGUCAACGAGAACGUCGGAAGCAGCAUCUUUGACACGCACCAGCUGCUCAUGACGUUCUCGCGCAAGGACAUGGUGGCGUUUCAGCAGACGCAAAGUCCUUCGGACGCCACGAAGCAGUACCUUCUCGGGAACCACUCGGGGCCCUGGGCGCAGUCGCCGCCCGUCUUGAUCGGGUACGAAAAUUACCAAGUCAACGGCCGCAUGUACCAGUUUCAAGUCACCACGUUUACGCACGGCUUUGCAAAGGGCGAUGGCGCCAAGCACGUCGGCGUCGCCAUCUACCUCAACAACCCAAUCUCGCGCGACAGCGGCCGGUUUGACAAGGACGGUCUCUACCGCAUCAACACGGCCCACAGCAUGUACAGCGACCCGCGCGACCGUGCGGCACUCAUCAGCUUUGUCGACAAGUUCCGCAAGAUGAUGGCAGCGAAAGGCGCGGCGGCCGUCGUGCCAACCGCGGAUGUUUCGUCGACCGACUUUGUCAACAAGAAGAUCGAGGGAGCCAACCAUUACGGUGGUAGCUGCUACACGUCGGGCGACAAGACCGAUGCCAAGCGCUGCGCGGACGAGACGUUCCGCGUUAUCGGUGCCAAGAACAUUUUUGUUGGCGACGGCAGCUUGAUGAAGGAAGGCACGGUCAACCCGUACGGCUUCAUCAUGUACUCGGGAUAUCAAGCCGGUGUCAACGUCCAAGCGACCGUCUUGUCGGGUCCCAAGCCCCAUGGAAAAGACAUGCCCCACAUGCGCCUGCCCCGUACGUUUGAAGCCGUGCACGACGACGACGCCACUUCGUCCUAACUGUUUUGGCUUAUACAAAUGUGUGCUUGUACGAACGUAGCAAAGACGCGGCCAAUUCUCGUUACAGAAGGGCUUCCUGUGCCA